GGCGGAGCAGCCGGCGCGGGCCUGGGAUCCUCCUCUCGCUCCGACGUCAGGCGCGGGAGCGGGAGGCAGCGCCCAGCCGCUGCCAGAGUCUCGGCGGCCGCCGGACGGGGCGGACGUCGGGGCGGUUCUUCCCGGCGCGGUGCUUCCCGGCGCGGCCCGGCUCCCGGCGGCGGGCGGGGGGUGGGUUUGGGGGGGGGGGGGGGGGCGGGCGGAGAAGGAGGGCGCUAUGGCCGACGUGUUCCCGGGCUCCGAGCCCGGCGCGGCCCCGGACGCGGCGCGGCGCUUCGCUCGCAAGGGGGCCCUGAGGCAGAAGAACGUGCACGAGGUGAAGGAGCACAAAUUCAUCGCGCGUUUCUUCAAGCAGCCCACCUUCUGCAGCCACUGCACCGACUUCAUCUGGGGAUUUGGAAAACAAGGAUUUCAGUGCCAAGUUUGCUGUUUUGUGGUUCAUAAGAGAUGCCAUGAGUUUGUUACCUUCUCUUGUCCUGGGGCUGACAAGGGACCUGACACUGAUGAUCCCAGAAGCAAGCACAAAUUUAAGAUCCACACAUAUGGGAGCCCGACCUUUUGUGACCAUUGUGGGUCACUGCUUUAUGGGCUUCUGCACCAAGGGAUGAAAUGUGACACCUGUGAUAUGAAUGUUCACAAGCAAUGUGUAAUAAAUGUCCCAAGCCUCUGUGGCAUGGAUCACACAGAGAAAAGAGGAAGGAUUUAUCUGAAAGCUGAAGUCACUGGUGACAAACUGGAAGUAACAGUGCGAGAAGCAAAAAACCUGAUUCCCAUGGAUCCAAAUGGACUUUCAGAUCCUUAUGUUAAACUGAAGCUCAUCCCAGAUCCUAAGAAUGAAAGUAAACAAAAAACAAAAACUAUCCGUUCUACUCUGAAUCCAGACUGGAAUGAGUCAUUCACAUUUAAAUUAAAACCUACAGACAAAGAUCGACGGUUAUCCGUAGAGGUCUGGGACUGGGAUCGAACAACCAGAAAUGAUUUCAUGGGAUCUCUUUCAUUUGGGGUGUCAGAGCUUAUGAAAAUGCCAGCCAGUGGAUGGUACAAGCUGCUGAAUCAAGAAGAAGGUGAAUAUUAUAAUGUUCCAAUUCCAGAUGCUGAUGAAGAUGGAAAUGCCGAGCUCCGGCAAAAGUUUGAGGACUGUCAUGUAACUAUCUGCUUCUUCAAGAAAGCCAAACUUGGGCCAGCUGGUAACAAAGUCAUUACUUCAACAGAAGACAAGAACUCAAGUGUGCCAUCCAACAAUCUGGACAGGGUGAAGCUGACAGAUUUCAACUUUCUCAUGGUUCUUGGAAAGGGGAGCUUUGGGAAGGUGAUGUUGGCAGACAGGAAGGGGACAGAGGAACUCUAUGCAGUCAAAAUACUGAAAAAAGAUGUGGUGAUUCAGGAUGAUGAUGUUGAAUGUACAAUGGUUGAAAAACGAGUCCUGGCAUUGCAAGAUAAACCACCAUUCCUGACACAGCUUCAUUCUUGUUUCCAAACAGUUGACCGUCUGUAUUUUGUUAUGGAGUAUGUGAAUGGUGGUGACCUCAUGUAUCACAUUCAGCAAGUAGGAAAAUUUAAGGAGCCACAAGCAGUGUUCUAUGCAGCUGAGAUCUCAGUUGGGUUAUUCUUUCUCCAUAACAGAGGGAUUAUUUAUAGAGAUCUGAAAUUAGAUAAUGUGAUGUUGGAUUCUGAAGGACACAUUAAAAUUGCUGAUUUUGGAAUGUGCAAAGAACAUAUGUUAGAUGGAGUAACAACCAGGACCUUCUGUGGCACUCCAGACUACAUUGCACCAGAGAUUAUCGCUUAUCAGCCCUAUGGAAAGUCUGUGGAUUGGUGGGCGUAUGGAGUGCUGCUCUAUGAGAUGUUAGCUGGCCAGCCUCCAUUUGAUGGAGAAGAUGAAGAUGAACUUUUCCAGUCCAUAAUGGAGCAUAAUGUUUCCUAUCCAAAAUCACUGUCCAAAGAAGCUGUCUCCAUCUGCAAGGGGCUAAUGACUAAACAUCCUGCAAAACGCCUUGGCUGUGGCCUUGAAGGUGAAAGAGACAUCAGGGAACAUGCUUUCUUCAGGAGAAUUGACUGGGAAAAACUGGAAAACAGAGAGAUUCAGCCACCUUUCAAACCUAAAGUGUGUGGCAAAGGCGCUGAAAACUUCGAUAAAUUCUUUACACGAGGACAGCCGGUAUUAACACCGCCGGAUCAGCUGGUCAUUGCUAACAUAGACCAAACAGAUUUUGAAGGGUUCUCUUACGUCAACCCCCAGUUCAUACACCCCCUUUUACAAAAUGUAGCAUGAAAUGACAGAACAGGAACAAAACCCACAGUGGAGAAUGGUCCUUAACCCUACAACUUUUAGGCUUUUGCCUUGUUGAUUCCACUUAGGCCUGGAAAUUGUAGGGUUAGAAAGUGUAAGGUGGGGGGAAGGCCACUUAUCCAGGAUUUUGGCUUUGCAACAGCAAUGUUGUCUUAAUGGGAGGUAGAUUAGUGUAUGGUGCCCACUUAUUCUUCUAGAAGUCACCACUGACUCAUCUAAACUUACCCAUUUUUUGGUACGUUAUAUAUUUUUAUAACUUCCCGCUAUCCUUUUGCCCCCGUUUCCACUCUGCUGCAUUAGAAAUAAUCUAAUACAUGGUCUGAAAAAUAAACCAACCUUGAAUAUUUAGUCCUUUGGUGCGGAUGCUGGGAGAUAGGAGCACUUGGCCCCGCGGGACCGCUCCUCCCCGCUCUGCCUGGUGACUUCAGGGAGAUCAGCAGCACAAGAGACUGAAACGGCGGCGGCACCGGGGAGGAGAAGCAUUGCAAAAAAAAUGUUGAAAGUAGUUGUUUCAAAAAUAUGACAGAAACGAGUUGGGAGUGGCUGGGAAGGGGGGACAAAAUGAAAUUAGACCCUGAGGCUUUCGUGAACCGAUCCUGUAAGCAACACCAAGUUUAAACACACUUCAGCGGUGGCCAGAUCUCUAGGAUCUUUGUUAAGUAGCAUGUGAUAAACUCAAGGGUGAAAUUUUGUCUUUAAUAAUAAUAAUAAUAAUAAUAAUAAUAAAUAGUAAUAAUUUUAAUAAUAUUUUGUGAAUUUAAUCUCCAUGAGAUUAUUCUGUGAUCCAGGGUGCCAUUGUUUGUUCAGUUAAUAUCAUUUACACCACUCCUCGAGUUUACUGUUAACCAGUUCUAAUACCAAUAUUAUACUAUGAAAUUUGUUAACCUGGAAUGUAAAACAAAAUUUUAAUCACUUAAAUCUAUUUACAUGUGUUUGUUUAUAGUCUGCAGGAUAGGACAGUAAAUCAAAGAAAGCAUUAUAUAUACAAAAUUAACUAAAAAUGCAGCCCUUAGUGACUACCUGAUUUCUCCAGAAUAACUCAUGAAAAUCAAUUGAGAUCUAGUCUUGAAAUAAUCAGUUUUAAUUCAGAAAACUUUGGGCUGUAGAAUAAUCAAGCCUGAAAGAAGAAGCACCUAAAACUUGUUUUAUUGAUAGAAUGGAAUUUAAUACAUUUUACAUAUGCUUCAUGCAAUGAAUUUUGCAUGUUUAGUAAUAACUCUUAAUAAUAAGAGUUAAUAAUAAGCAGAUCUAUAUUAUUGACAUAAUCGUAUCAAGCAUAAAGAGUAUUAUAAAAAUUUUAUAAAACAAAUUGUGCUUUAUUUGUGAAGUUCUUGUUCUGAAUGACAUCAUUUAGAUUUAGCUAAAUGUUUUAUUGCUAUUGUUUUGGUUUUUACUUUAGGUUUUGGAUAUUGUUAAUGGCUUAGGGUAUAAUCUCUUUUUUUAAAAGUAGAUCUACUUUUAAACAAUAAUUGCUACCUGCAGGUUUUAUACUGAGGUUCAAUUAGGCUUUCAUUUCACGUCUGCUUAUUACUUACAAAGAAGGAAAUAGACUUUAUUUGCAAUGAUGAGCACUGUAAUUAAUGCAAUCUUCUCCUCUCUUAUCACUUAGAUAAAAAAUUUUGAUAUUUCCUCUUACAACUUACCAGAAGAUAUUAAUUCAAAUAUCAGUAAAUAUUUUUUGUGCAUAUUUUGGUUUUGUUACAGCAUGUAAAAUAGUAGUCAGUGCAUCUUCCCUUUUUUGUCCCUUCUGCCUCGUUACUGUUAGCAGCCAUAGGCACUUUUUGUCUGUCAGACGUGCAUGAUGAUGUCAGAAGCAUGAUGUCUCUGUUGCUGCAUGCAGACUGAUUACAAUUUUUCCAGCAUGUAAACAUAUUCAAAAAGUAGGAUACUUGCCAUAAAAGACUUAAAUUUAUACUAGAAUAUGUAAUGGGGGGGGGGAAUGGGAGGGGAAUCUACUUUCUAAUCAUCUUUUAUGACAAUAAAACAUGGAACCUGUGCCAAAGAUCCUGUUAGAAAGAUCCAACCCUGCAAACUGGUGUCCAAGUGGGUGGGUUUGGCUUCCAGGGGUGGCCCGUGCUGGAGUGGGACGGUUUGUGAGUGAAACACGGUUGGAUGCAAACGGCAUCUGUGUUGUGCUUCUGCACCCGUGGUGCCCUCAGGAGCCCUAUUUUUGGUGCCUAGCACAUGGGAUUUGCAACACUCCAGAGCUUUGGUGGUUGCCCGGUCGUAGCCCUUCUGCAGCCCCAGCUCUAAGCAAGGAGCAGCUCCCCGGGUGGGCGUGCGCGAAGCGGCCGUCCUGAGCACACGGCUAACGAGGGGCACUGGCCAACUAGCAAGAAUUCAGAUUGUUGCCUAAAUAAACAGAGCUCAACAUUUUUAAAACAUUUUAGGAGUAAAAUUUUCAAACUAUUCUGUGUCAAAUAUGUUAUCAGCCAAGUCUGAGAGUUAAUUUUGUUCUUUGUGUGUUACAUACUUUAAAAAUUAUGGUACUCACCAUAAAGCAUGUGGACUAGUGCAGCAUUCAUGACUUUUUAUGUUUUUCUGAAUAUUAUUAGUCUGCUAUAGUUUAGGAAAAUCUGAGUAUCAUGCUGUAGAGGGUAAUAGAUUCAAUAGAUUACUGAGGUUCAGAUUUUUAAUAAAGAAGGGCGGCUCUCAAGUAAGUCAGUCUGCUGAGAGGCAGCAUUACAUGCGUUUUAAAAAUGUGAAGUGAAAAAGAGACUUUUGAAAAAGGAAAAUACUGGGUGAAAUACCAGCACAGGGGUUUUGGAAGUUAAGAAAAGCAGUAGGGGGGCAGAACCCGGCCACAGACAGGCAGGAGAUCCCACAGGUAGAUGUUCCCCAACAGUUCUGGUUUCCUGAUGCAAUAGGAAUUGUAGAGGGAAGUCCCGUUGCAGGCGGUUGUUGCUGGCCCCGCUGUGACAGUCGGUGCUGUUCACACCACAACACGGCCUUAAAGAGCUGGUCCGACGGCGGAACAGAGCUGCUCCUUUUCUGGCUGCUUCUCGUAACCAGUUUCUUAGGCACUUGCAUGUGCUCCCCAGUUUUUCUGAUGUAGAAGCAGAAAUCCUCCUUAACGUUGUUACCUCAAGUCCCUGGGCUUGCCACAUCUCACGUCGUCUUCUGCAGGUGUCUGUAGCGCUUACGAAAAGGGACUGUGAACUCGUGGAUCCUGCAGGAGCCAGGCAGGGUUGUAUAAAGCAGGGAUUGAAUGUUUGUGUUACUCCUCGCUGCUCUGCCCAGUGCACUCACACGUGAACGCUCGCACUUGGACCAGCCCUUUAAUGAGAACUCCAGGUGAUUUAUCAUCCAGAAAUUUAUAAUGGCAAGUAAAACCUUAGGUAUCCAGCAAGCAUUUUCGUGGCUUUUUUAAUACAGAUGUUAUUAAUAUAAUAUUUUUCACAAGAUUUGGUUUUCUAGAGAACAUGUAUCAACAGAGGGAGAGGCAUUAGAACUGCUUUCACUUGUGUUCAGUAAGUACUGUAAUCUGAACACCCACAUUAUCACAAAGAUUUCUAAAAAUCAAAUUGAAAAUUAUAAUGCACUGAUGCUAGGGUGAAAGUUUUGGGAGCCAUGUUUCCAUCCCACGUGCACUCAAGUCCCCGGGGGGCUCCGGAGCAGCCCCAUUCCUGCCAGGUGAGGCACAGGUCUGCCACAUAAAACUUCCAAACUGUCUUCAGGGAUUAAAUGGGACUUCACUGGCUUCCAGGCAAAUUUCUUCUAUAUUUGGGCAUCUGGGUGUUUUUAUCCACCUUCAAGUCACUUCAGCAGGGUGGUGGGUUUCCAGGACAGCCACUUUGCCCGCCGGCCAGUCUUGGUGCUCUUAGCAAGGAUUGCACAUACGUGAGAAGGAGAGAGCAUGUUCCCAUAAUCAAAUAUUCCCCUUAAUUCAAUUUAGAGGAGAAAUGCAAUUUAGCUUUCUGAUCCCUCAGUCUUUCCAGAAAUACAAUUGAAUUUCCUUUUACAAACUGAAGAAAGUUCUUCUGGAAAUCAGCUGUUAGUUUAAAAGAAACUCAGCAUACCUAAAUGCUGUUGGCCUUUGAAAUCCAUCCUGUCUUUUGGGGUGAUUUCAGUUGAAUAAUGCUGGGCUCCUGUAAAGUUAAUAGGGUCAAGUGAGAGAGGAACUUGUCUUCUAGCUGGAAGGAUGAUGUGUCCAGGGGCAGGGCUUGAGUGGUACCACUUGCAAAGUCUGUUUUCUCAGGUGGUGCAUCCAGAUGCAAUCCCAGCUAAGUGCCGUAGGAAACACGUGCAGUUAGCAGAGGGGGAAGAUCCUCCUUAUUAAGUAAAAUGCAUCACUGGAAAUAAUAAUUAUCUAAUAGUAAAGCUUUGAUAUGAGUAGAAAGCAUAUUUACAGUAUUGAGUUUACAGUGGGCUUUUGGACCUGCCACGAAACUUCUGGAAACAUUUAAUGUAAUUUUCAGUUCUUUUAGUCAUCAGCAUAAAUUAGCAUAAAUUAUAAUACAGGUUUUGUCUCUUUGCAAACAUGAGUGUCAGCUCUAGGCAAUGUGUUACCUCUCUGCUGUUUGAUAGGUAGGCACUGAGCUGCCAAGUAGUUAAAAAGUAGACAAGCUAAAGCACUUUUUUGCUCAGCUCCACACUCUUAGGCAAGAUCUGAAGUAGUUCAGUUGAAGAAUUUAAUAAGAACUUUGAAGAAUUAAGUAAGAACUGACUCCAUAAACAUGUAUGAUUUCCUACCAACCAGUAACCGUGCCAGUAAUGAUCGGUAAUUAAAUAGCCUUAUGAUAAAUAAUCACCAUGCACUACAGCCCUCCUGUUCCUAGGAAAAUCGAGAGAGAGAGAGGGCAAGUUAUUAACCUCCCUGCCUCAGUUACCUCAUCUGUAAAAUGGGGAUAAUAAUACUUACUUACCUCACAGAGAGGUGUGAGGAAUUCUUAGGUAAUGUUUCUAAUACACUUUUAACCUGAAAAGAGUUGUGUAAGUAUUAUUAUAAUUUUUAAUAUUAAAUCAGCUUAUUCAAUUCACAUGGUAUUGCUGGAUAUACCAUGCUAUUUCUACUUUUUUAUAGAGCUUUAGUAAUUCUGCUGAAACCAUUUAAAGAGAAAUAAAAUCAGAUCUGAUACGUUUCUUACAGAAUCUGGAGUCCAGCUUUUGUUAACUGGAGUCAGGGUGAGUUGGGGAGUGAUGCUUGCUGAUUGUGUAGGUCAGCUGCACUUACCUCUUUUCCAGUUACUGAGAUUUCUAUGUACAAUUUACAAAUUCCAUGUAAAUGGAAGUCUUAGCAUAACUGAUGUGGUGCGAUUCCUUAUGGCUAAAUAAAGUCAGCACAACUGUUUUCUAGUAAUGUUUAUACUGACUCCUAUUGAAGGAGAAGUGAUAUGUUUUAUGCAGCUGGUCCAUCCAUAACAGGUUUAUUCCGUUGAUAUUUUAAUGUAUUCCUGUGUAGUAUAUCUUCACGCUUUUCUUUUUCUUGCGUGUGACACCAUAGCUCAAAUAUAAAAGAAUGCCCUAGAAGCUAUGACUUUUUUUCCACUGAUGUCAGUCGACCAAAAAAAAAAAUCAGCAGUCUAUUAAUAAUUUGAAACAGUGAUGUGCAGGAAGAGUAGCAGCAGCACUGAUAACCGGCCCCAGCCUGCUUCCACUGAAACUCAUUUCUCACUACAGGUACAUUGGAAAGUCUACAACUGAUGUUACAUUAAUUUUAUAAUUGUGAGUUGGUGACAGGAACAUUUUAAUGGCAAGUAGAUUUAUGUUUCUGAUCUUUAUAAACCUUUCCCUAAGAACUAUUUGAGUUGUAUUUAUUUUCCUUCCCUUUGAGCCCUGAGAGGCAAUACUGCCAUUGGCUCCGUCCUUCCAGAGCUUCGUGUGCUCCUCUCUUGGCCUGCCAAGGCAUCCAGUGGCACCGCUGCGUGCUCGGAGCUCGCUGGGUCCUUAGUUGCUUUACUGGAGCCAAGACUGCAGGAUCCAGCAUCUGGCAGCACUAAGCCUGUAAGCUCCAAUUCAGCAAAAAUAUUAAGUAUAUGCUUGUGCCCGUUGCUGUUCAGCAGAGCGUGGACAUUUGGGCAGCGCAGCUCCACCUCCCAUGGAAGUCAGUUGAGUUUGCACACUCGGAUGCCUUGCUGACUUGGAGCAGAAAAAAACGUUCUUGCAGUGAUAAUACAAAUUUAAUCUGUGACUUGUUUCCCACAAAGCCUUUCAUUUAUUCUCUUGUGCUGUUAAAAUGAAUGUAAGAAAAAUAACUUCAAUGAAAUGAAGCUCAUUGCCUCUUUUAAAAAUGUGCAUUUCCCAACACAUGUAUGGUUUUGCACAAUACAGAGCACACCUGAAACUUUUAAAAUUAUUGGAUGUUACUUUAAUAUUUUUUUAAAACAAGGAGUAAUCCCACCUUGAACUCAUUCAUAUUUUUAAAUAUUAUUUUAAGACCCAAAUUUUGUAUUUAUAAAGAGGAGAAUACUAUUUAUUUUCUUAUCAUUUAUUUGCAAGAUGCUACCAGAAAAUUUGGAGAGGCCAUUAAGUUUUCAAAAAAAAAUUAAAAAAAAAAUCAUUGGAAGUAUAGUGGGCAAGACUGAUGUAUAAAUUACAGCAUCUUUUUUUUUCUUAAUCCGCGAUAUCUUCAAUCUUUGUUUGCAUGAAAUGCUUUUGUUAAAUAUCAAUUGUAGUUUCAAAGCAAGUGUGUAUGAAUAAAAAUACUGAUCAUUA